UUUGGGGAAGAUGAUAACAGCUAAGCCAGGGAAAACACCGAUUCAGGUAUUACACGAGUACGGCAUGAAGACCAAGAACAUCCCGGUUUAUGAGUGUGAGAGAUCUGAUGUGCAAAUCCAUGUGCCCACUUUCACCUUCAGAGUAACCGUUGGUGACAUAACCUGCACAGGUGAAGGAACAAGUAAGAAGCUGGCGAAACACAGAGCUGCAGAGGCUGCCAUAAACAUUUUGAAAGCCAAUGCAAGUAUUUGCUUUGCAGUUCCUGACCCUUUAAUGCCUGACCCUUCCAAGCAACCAAAGAACCAGCUUAAUCCUAUUGGUUCAUUACAGGAACUGGCUAUUCAUCAUGGCUGGAGACUUCCUGAAUAUACCCUUUCCCAGGAGGGAGGACCUGCUCAUAAGAGAGAAUAUACCACAAUUUGCAGGCUAGAGUCAUUUAUGGAAACUGGAAAGGGGGCAUCCAAAAAACAAGCCAAGAGAAAUGCUGCUGAGAAAUUUCUUGCCAAAUUUAGUAAUAUUUCUCCAGAGAACCAUAUUUCUCUAACAAAUGUAGUAGGGCAUUCUUUAGGGUGCACUUGGCAUUCCUUGAGGAAUUCUCCCGGGGAAAAGAUCAACUUGCUGAAAAGAAGCCUCCUUAGUAUUCCAAAUACAGACUACAUCCAGCUGCUUAGUGAAAUCGCCAAGGAACAAGGCUUUAACAUAACGUAUUUGGAUAUAGAAGAACUGAGUGCCAACGGGCAGUAUCAGUGCCUCGCCGAACUGUCGACCAGUCCUAUUACAGUCUGUCAUGGCUCGGGGAUCUCCUGCGGCAAUGCGCAGAGUGACGCAGCCCACAAUGCUCUGCAGUAUUUGAAGAUAAUCGCAGAAAGGAAGUAAAGUUGGGGCACCUUAGAAAACCCUUCAGUAGCACUUCAGGCAUUCUCCUCUCACUCCUUCCCGUGUAAAACUUUUACCGUAAUGUUUGUGAGUUAUUUCCAGAUCUCUUCAGAUUCAUCAACACUCCAGAUUCAGUUAUCUCCUGGUAGUUGUUACUAAGCUCUUUUUAAUGGCUUCAACUUUGUAUUGGUAUAUUGUAUUUAUAAACUUUGUAUCACGGGCAUGGUGUAGCACCCAUUUUACAGAGCUAGGCACAUAAGAGGAAGGAACUGCAUGUUUGGUGAUAAGGAUGUGAACAAAAUAAAAGUACUGCUAGCAACGGUCUUACUGGUGCUUACACUCUUUUGCACAAGGCUUUGUAAAGGAAAUUUGAAGGAAGCCCUUUAGGAUUAGAGUAUGGAGGGACGACUUUAGCCAGCUUUUAUUGAAAGUGACCGUUAAAUUUCAGGGAACGUGGUUGGCCUGCUGUGUAUUCAAAAUCAUGUAAUAAAGAGCUCUUGUUAUAA